UGGCUCAGUCUCCUCUGCGCUCCGCUGUCGUCUCGGGGCCGCGGGAUGACACCGCCUCCGCCAGGAUGCGCCGCCCUCGGCGCCUGGCGCGCCCGCGUCCCCGGCCCGCUGGCUCGGUCCGCGCCUCUGCUGCUGCUGCUGCUCUGGACCGCUGCCGCCAGCCAAGGCCACCCGAGGAACGGACCCCGCAUCUCCGCUGUCUGGAAAGGCCGUACGGGGCAGGACCGGGUGGACUUUGGCCUGGCCGAGCCGCACACGGUGCUUUUCCACGAGCCGGGCAGCUCCUCCGUGUGGGUGGGUGGACGAGGCAGGGUCUAUCUCUUCGACUUCCCCGAGGGCAAGAACGCCUCCAUGCGCACGGUGACCAUUGGCUCCCCGAAGGAGUCCUGCCGGGACAAGCGGGACUGUGAGAAUUACGUCACGCUCCUAGAGAAGCAGGGUGAGGGGCUGCUGGUCUGUGGCACCAAUGCCCGCUUCCCCAGCUGCUGGAGACUGGUGAAUGGCACUGUGGAGUCACUUGGUGAGAAGAGAGGCUAUGCCCCCUUCAGCCCGGAUGAGAACUCCCUGGUUCUGUUUGAUGGGGAGGAGGUGUACUCCACAAUCCGGAAGCAGGAAUUCAACGGGAAGAUCCCUCGGUUCCGCCGCAUCCAGGGCGAGAUUGAGCUGUACACCAGUGAUACUGUCAUGCAGAACCCACAGUUCAUCAAGGCCACCAUUGUGCACCAAGACCAGGCCUACGAUGACAAGAUCUACUACUUCUUCCGAGAGGACAACCCUGACAAGAAUCCCGAGGCCCCUCUCAAUGUGUCUCGUGUGGCCCAGCUGUGCAGGGGGGACCAGGGAGGCGAGAGUUCUCUGUCGGCCUCCAAGUGGAACACCUUCCUGAAAGCCAUGCUGGUGUGCAGUGACAGUGCCACUAACAAGAACUUCAACAGGCUGCAAGAUGUCUUCCUGCUCCCCGACCCUAACGGCCAGUGGAGGGACACUAGGGUCUAUGGUGUUUUCUCCAAUCCCUGGAACUACUCAGCCGUCUGCGUGUAUUCCCUUGGAGACAUUGACAGGGUCUUCCGCAUGUCCUCACUCAAGGGCUAUCACACAGGCCUUCCCAGCCCUCGUCCUGGCAAGUGCCUCCCAGACCGGCAGCCAAUCCCCACAGAGACCUUUCAGGUGGCCGAUAGUCAUCCUGAGGUGGCACAGAGGGUAGAGCCCACGGGACCUCUGAAGACGCCACUCUUCCACUCUAAGUACCACUACCAGAAAGUGGUUGUCCACCGCAUGCAAGCCAGCCACGGGGAGACCUUUCAUGUGCUUUACCUAACCACAGACAGGGGCACCAUCCACAAGGUGGUGGAACCGGGGGAGCGGGAACACAACCGUGUCUUCAACAUCAUGGAGAUCCAGCCCUUCCGCCGGGCGGCCGCCAUCCAGGCGAUAUUGCUGGAUGCUGACCGGCGGAAGCUGUAUGUGAACUCCCAGUGGGAGGUGAGCCAGGUGCCCCUGGACUUGUGUGAGGUCUAUGGUGGGGGCUGCCACGGCUGCCUCAUGGCUAGAGACCCCUACUGCGGCUGGGACCAGGGCCACUGUUCAUCCAUCUACCGCUCCCAAGGGCCGCUGCUCCAGUCUGUUAAUCCAGAUGAGCCGCACAAAGAGUGCCCCGACCCAAAGCCAGAUGAGGCCCCGCUGCAGAAGGUUUCCCUAGCCCAGAACUCUCGCUACUACCUGAGCUGCCCCAUGGAAUCCCGCCACGCCACCUACUCGUGGCGCCAUGGAAAGAACGUGGAGCAGAGCUGCGAGCCCGGCCACCAGAGCCCCAGCUGCAUCCUGUUCAUUGAGAGCCUCACAGCCCGCCAGUAUGGCCACUACCACUGCGAGGCCCAGGAGGGCUCGUACCUUCGGGAGGCUCAGCACUGGGAGCUGCUGCCGGACAAUGGUGCCAUGGCUGAGCACCUGCUGGGCCACGCCUGUGCCCUGGCUGCCUCUCUCUGGCUGGGCGUCCUGCCCACGCUCGCUCUCGGCCUGCUGGUCCACUAGGGCCUCUUGGAGCGGGGCAUGGCCCCGGCUUCCGCAGCCCCGGGGGCGCAGACAAGUCUCACGCCCGGAGCUGGCGGGGCCGGACGGGCCCCUGGCCCACUGCUUCUUCCAGGGGGACUGUGUAAGCCGGUGGGGGCAACAGGCUUGGAGGGGGCCAGCCGCAGGCGGCUGCUGGGCCCUGGGGGGCUGGGGUGGUGGGGCUGGAGGAUGACGGCAUCGACUGUGAAGCUGGGCCAUCGAUCACCCAAGACGUUAUCUUCUGGAGACUGGUUUUCAAAAACUCCUCACACUUGACUAAAUGCAGGGAAGCUCCUGGCCUAAGAGCCCAUGGGCCAGAGGGUGGGGUUUGGGACGGGCAGCUGGGACCCCAUCUCUGGACCUUGGGGCUGAGGCUGAGUCCUUCUGGACUCCCUGUACCCUAGCUGCCCCCUCACCCUCCUUCCUGUGGUGGCUGGGGGUGGCUGGUGUUUCUACCCCCUGCAGCCCCCUGGACAGCCCUGGGUCCCACUAGGCGGCUGCCUUGCAUGUUUAUUGAAGGAUGUUUGCUUUCCGGACAGAAGGACGGAAAAAGCUCUAUUUUUAUGUUAGGCUUAUUCAUGUAUAGCUACUUCCGACUGCAUCUGUAUGAAAAUACCAAAACUACAUGCUGGGAGUGG